GCAGUCAUUGGUCAAACUUCUAAUUAUUCAUCCAGUUCGCCGGUAAUUGGAGUAUAGAGCUUACACAAGUUCUUGCGUAAAUCGAUUGUAUUUUCAUUGUUUUGUCGCAUGCUCUUCGUUCCGCUGCACUGACUGCCGUGCAUCCUGAGGCCCUCCAACUGUAUUGCGGUGAUGUGGCAGUGCGCUCUAUGGCUGCUCCUAGCACUGUGGCACGGGUCCCAUUGCCAGAGUUCAGAGCCCAUGUUCAAAGACAUAACGGGGACAGUGCUACCUCCUGACAGUCUGAACAACCCCACUCAACUAAAUUAUGGGAUGGCUGUAACCGACGUGGAUGGCGAUGGGGACCUGGAGGUGGUGGUGGCUGGAUACAACGGCCCCAACUUGGUGCUGAAGUACGACCGUGUUCAGAACAAGCUGGUCAACAUCGCUGUGGACGACCAGAGAUCUCCGUUCUACGCGCUGCGAGACGAGGCAGGGAACGCUAUAGGAGUCACCGCCUGUGAUGUUGAUGGAGACGGCCGAGAGGAGAUCUACUUCCUCAACACAAACAACGCUUACUCCGGCCGUGCUACCUAUUCAGACAAACUCUUCAAGUUCCGAAACGGGCGCUUUGAGGAUCUGCUGGGUGAUGUCAUCAACGUGCGCCGCGGCGUGGCCAGUGACAUGGCUGGGCGCUCUGUGGCAUGUGUCGAUCGAAAGGGCACAGGCCGAUAUGCAGUCUACGUCGCUAACUACGCCCGAGGGAACAUCGCUCCCCACGCACUGAUAGAGAUGGAUGAGGCUGCUAGUGAUGUGGCACAGGGUAUCAUCGCUCUGUCCAAUGUGGCUGCAGAGGCUGGAGUCAAUAAAUUCACAGGUGGGCGGGGAGUUGUUGUUGGACCAAUCCUGAGCCAGACAAUGUCUGAUGUGUUCUGUGACAAUGAGAACGGACCCAACUUCCUGUUCAAGAACAACGGAGAUGGAACUUUUGUGGACAAGGCGAAGGCGGCAGGUGUGGCGGACGAACACCAGCACGGCAGAGGAGUGGCUCUCGCCGACUUUGACGGCGACGGAAGGACGGACAUCGUCUACGGAAACUGGAACGGCCCCCACCGGCUCUUCAUGCAGGGGCCCCACCAGGGUUUCCGCAAUAUAGCCACGGCAGCGUUCGCCAGCCCCUCCCCCGUCCGCACGCUCAUCGCUGCAGACUUUGAUAACGACAAGCAGCUGGAGGUGUUCUUCAACAACAUCGCAUACGGAGGGCGUGCACCAAACAGGCUGUUCAGGGUUUCAAGGAGAGCCAGGAUGGAUCCUCUCAUCCAGGAGCUGAAUGUGGGGGAGGCUGAAGAGCCCCAGGGGAGAGGCACAGGAGCCACGGUAACGGAUCUGGACGGAGAUGGACUGCUGGACCUGUUGGUAGCUCAUGGAGAGAGUGCAUCGCAGCCUAUUUCAGUCUUCAAAGUCACACAGGGCUCAUCCAAUAACUGGCUGCGUGUGAUUCCACGCACCCAGUUUGGCGCCUUCGCCCGUGGUGCCCGGGUCACGGCCUUCACCAACGCCAGCGGUGCUCACGUGCGUGUCAUAGACGGAGGGUCGGGCUACCUCUGUGAGAUGGAACCGGUGGCUCAUUUUGGACUAGGAAGUGAUGCGGUGAGCGUACUGGAGGUGUCCUGGCCAGGUGGCAGCGUGGUGACGCGCCCACUGCACCCCGGGGAGAUGAACUCUGUGAUCGAGGUGACCUAUCCCGGCGACGGGGAGACGAGUGUGCUUGCCAGUGAUACGCAGUGUGGUCAAGGAUUCGCUGUCGAAAAUGGCAGAUGUGCCGGUAUCUGAGGACGGCUGCAAUAUCAUUUCAACGCAUUGUGGAACUAAGUAAAAUAAAAUGAUAACAUUUUAUUUUUAUUUUCUGUACUUUGAUCAGCUGUUUGAUGUGUACUGAUUAUUUUAAACGAAUAAUUAGUUUUAACUAAAUGGUUUACACCUUUUGUGCUUAUCUGAAAUUUUAAAUAAGCUUUUAUUUCUUUUUUAUCAGUGUUUUUUCCUUAGAUGAAUCCUCUGUCUUCCUAAAACUCUAACCCCAAGGCUUGUUUUGUUACUCUCUGAGGUCAAUUACUGCAUAUUUCAGCCCCAGCUGUAACAACUGAGACCACAUACAAAGAGUGAUCACGGUUCACUCUGUCGCGUGCUGUGAAGCAGUUUGUAGUAGGAUGUUCUUUGGCCGAUGGAAAUAAGCGAAGACUAAACUGUGAAUGUGUUAAGCAUAACAUAAUUUUAAUGUGAUUCUGUUCCUCUCAAACUCUUUGUGAUUUUCUUUCUUGCUCUGAUUAUCUAGGAAUGUCCACUGUUAUGUUGAGAGAGGCAAACUGCAAGUAAUGAUAUCAUGGAGGGUAAUGAUAUAAACAUUUUGAAAAUAUGCUUGAAACUGUUGUGAUGAAGGAAUAUUUAUUUGUUGCUUCUCAUACACAGUUCAUAUGUAUUAAAACAACAAGCUGUAUGAAAAAUCGUCUGCACAAAUACAGUGUCACUAAAAACAAAUACAGAUUCACAUUAACUGGGCAAUUUUGGCAGUAAUGGUUCUUUGGAGGCUUGUACAGCAAUUAAAAAGAAAGGGAUGUGGCAUUUAGGAAGACAUGACUCAUUCAUUUCUGAAUGCUACAUUUAGUUUACAGUAUGUGUUUGCAUAAUCAAUAUAUUUAGGAGAAGAGUGUUUGCUCACUGAGUCCAGAAUGCCAAUGUGUGACUAUGUGGGUAUGUGCAUGGAUGUGAAACUAACUCUUGCAUAACUAGAAGAUAUAGUACUUGGCUGAGGGACAUUCAGCUGCUACCAAACCACUCAUGAACACAAUUAUUGGUGACUCGGCCCAGGGGGGAAGAUAGGCAUAGGCAGUUUGAUUCCUGGCUCGCCAUUGAAUACUGUGGGCGGUGGUUUGCAUCCUGUACUUCUAAACGUUGGAUAAUGCCUGUCCUAAGACCAAGCUGACAGGAUGUUGUUCUGGAGGGCUAUUCAUUUCAGAGAUUGCUGAGAUUGUAUUCAUAUGUGUGCAACCGCUUUGAAAGGAAGGUUUUGCUGUGAAGCAAUGUAAUGUUUGCUUUCUUUCUUAGCUCCAUUCAGCCUGGCUGAUGCUAGC